AUGAGCGAGCCAAUAGCGCACGAUUUCAUGGGCGCCGUAGACUCAUUCGCCCAGCUUCCCUUCACCAGACCUACCACCCCGAAACCCGCCACCGGCGGCAACGCCUCGACCAUCCGCCUCUUCGGCAUCGAAGUCCCCAGUUGCCACAGCACAGAAGAAGAGAUCAACACCACCAAAGACCACUCCACCAUCACCAAUUCAUCGAUCACCAACGGAGGCGGCGAGAGAGCGCGUAAGUUCGAGUGCCACUACUGCUGUCGCCAAUUCCCGACCUCGCAAGCCCUAGGCGGGCACCAGAACGCCCACAAGCGCGAGCGCCAGCACGCGAAGCGGGCUCACCUCCAGGCCCACCACGGUGAUUGGGCCGCCGCCGACCGCCACCACUUCUACGGCCUCCUCAACUAUCACCACCACCACGUCAGCGUGCCAGCACCGUUCCAUGCCGCCACUGGUUUCUACGACGGUCUGACGGCGCCGGGCCAGACCAUCGGCGGCAGCUCCUGGCGGGGAAUCUGGCGGCCGGGCGGGGUUCCCGGUGGGAUGCCCAGCGUGGACUCGCGUAUCACAGCGUUCCCAUUGACGACAAGACGAGGAGGAGGACCAGCAGCAGCGGAUCAAUCAGCGGACUCCCGAGGAGGAGGUCACGUUGCUGGGAACGGUAACGGUUUCACUGGCUCUUCUUCUCCAUCAGCGCCUCCGAAACGCAUGAGUUUGGAUUUGUGCCUAUGA